AUGACGGAGCGAAUCCGGCCGCGUGCCAAGGACUUGCUGGCGAUGGACGAUGCGGACGACACAAUGAUGCAAUGGCCGCCUGCAGCAAAGUUUGUGCGCAAGAAGGCGCCUCAAGUCGGCGCUGCCGCCGCGCCGCCGCGCACAGACGCAGCACGGCCCAUGUCUUUUGCACAUGCACCCGACAAAAAGGCAUGUGCGCCGCGAUCUUGUGAAGCACGGGGUGACGAGGUGUGCGAGGAUGCACCCUGCGCUCCCAUCUUAGGCGCUGUCCACGAAAGGGCAGAUACGCAGACGCGCGCACAGACGACCGCUAGACCUACCUCGCGCUUCAAAGCGCAGUGUGCUAUGGACAAGGACGCGGGCGUGGACUCUAACCGAAACGUGUCGGCCUUUAUGCGCACACGCCAGCAGCGCAAUGCAUCGCCGGCGCCCGUGCCUACGCCCCCGACAAACAUGCGUGCUGCUCUUCACGCCCACUCUCCCACGGGCGAGACUCCCUCUUGGCGCACGCAGCCCCUCGAUCCCACACGCGAUCCCGGCGGUGGUGCGCCGCCGGAGCAAAUGCACGAGAUACUUCGCCAGGCCGCACAGGAAAACGAGGGGAAAAUCGCGCAGAUGAGCUAUUCCACGCGCGACGAAGAGCUGCAGGACGCGGCAUCGUUCUUUGGCGCCGAUCUCCUUGCAAAGCUGCGCGAGCGCCGCACCGCGAAGGAAGCACACACAGACCAAGCACCGCCGCAAGGAUGGCCUGCGCUCGAGCGCUGUGCACCCCAAACGAUCACGCCGAAACCAUUGCCCGGACCCCAGCACGUCGCCACGGAGGAACUCGAGUCGUUUCGCAAGCACUACUUUCCCGACGAGCCACACGCAGUCAAUGCAUCGCUGGCAUGGACCGUUGCCGACGACGGCGGCAGCAGUGAAUGCGCACGCUUUGAUUUUCACGGCGAUAUUUGCUGGCAUCCAGGCGGCACUGGCUCCGACGACCGCACCUUUCUUGCUGGACUGCACCACCACGGCGCACAGCAAUCGGCGCCGGGGUACACAGUCGCGGAGCUUUUGCAUCUCAUACGUAGCAGUGUCGCAUCGCAGCGCACCAUGGCGCUCACGGUGCUUGGGCGCAUCUGCGCGCGCUUUCCGAUGCGGCUCCCGGGCAUGCACCGCUGCGGCACACCUCUUUCCACGCAGCACGCGCCAUGGGCCUCUGCGGCGCUCGAUAUCGACGCCGCGACGCCGCGCGCACACAUCCUGCUGAAUGCGCGCUGGCUGCUCGAGGACAGGCACGCGAGUGUACGCACAGCCGCACUUGCAUGUCUUUACCGCGUGCUUGGCUCGAUCAGUGUUUUUUUGUCGGAUGCGCUGGGCUGUGUGCAUGCCGCCAAGUAUCCCACCGCUGCGGAGCCCGUGCUCGACUGGCUUUGGCUCGCACAGCUCGAGCCCGAGCAGGCGUGGAAACCCGGCGCCUCUCCACCUCUUUUUCACGCACAGGACGCGGCGUACGUGGAGCUUGUGCGCAGAGACUGGGCGUCUACAUUGCUGCAGACCAACAUCGUCUCCAUUCUCGAUCAGUUUGCCGCGUCGUACGCACAGAUGGACGAUGCAGCGCACGGCGUGCGUCGCGGCGCGGAUGUUACCGAAUUGCGCACGCAGCUUGUCCACAUCGCAUUCUACCUUGCACUGCACAGCGCCGAUGCCGCGCGUGCGAUUGCGGAUGCGCCGCAUUUGCUGCGCCUCGUCACGCAGCUCGGCGGGACUGCACAGGUAUGGCCGCUCACGGAGGAUGCAGCACAGUGGCCGCUCCCGCAAGCGCUCGUCGUUCUUCUGCGCUGCAUCCAGAGUGGGCGCGAGGUGACCGAGGCGGUGCUUGCACAAGGCGCGCUGGGCGGCGUGCUGCGGUACAUUGUGCUGCCACCCAUCGACGACGAUGCCAUCGACGAGGCGCGCUUGCUCCUUUUUCUCGCCUUGCGCAUCCUCACCGCACUUGCGCGCUACGGACAGAGCAGCACGAGCUUGAGAGAAGCAUGGCCCGCGUUGCAAACGCUCGGUGCAUGGGCCGCCGAUGCAACGCACUCUUUUUAUCCAGCCGCUGCGGCGGUGUUUGACAUGUUCAGUGCAUGGACAGUCGCCGCGCUGCAGCGGCCGCGCGACGGCGACCUCGGCGCAAACUGGCCUUUGGUGCGGUCGUGGAUCGCGUUUAGUGCACCGCGUACUGCAGCCGUUUGCACAGACGAUCACAUGCUCCCGGCGGUGUCUGCAGCGCUCCGACAUGUAGCCAUAUGGGCGCGUGCAGCUUCUUACUUGGAGCCUGAAUGCAUAGCACACGCCGCUGCUCUGGAUGGCCAGGCGUGGGACGUGCGCGGCAAUGCCCACGCGCUUCUCGGCUGGGUCGGCCAAGGGAUGCCCAUGGCCGUCGACGCGCUUGACCAUGCGUAUGGCGAGCGCGACGCCAAAGCAGUGCACUCUGGCAUCCAAGCGAUAGAGGCGUAUGCAGACAUGGCUGGCGCACUUGCCAUGCUGCGCGACGCGACGACCUGGUCUUGGGAUCUCGACACAGCUGCGCUCCAAUGCCGCUUGCUCUCCACCCCGUUUCUCCCAGCGGUCCGUGCGCCGCUUUUUAGCCUUGACGGCGUGGCAAGCGCAGCAGCGACGCAAUUUCUGGCGGGGUGUACGCAAGGGCUCUUGGAUGCCUCGCCCGCACUCGCACUGCCCGCGCUCAUUGCAACCGCCGCGCUCGGUGCGCCCGAGCUUGUGCUCGUCCAAGCAGCGCUGCAGCGGGUGCUGGAGGAUGCGGGCGUGUACCGCAUAUUGAUGCCGUUUCUCCACGAUACGUACCACCGUGUCGGCACGCCGCUGCCGCUGCCGUACUCUUUUGUCCAAGCGCUACAGCUUCCAAUGCCGGACGCGCCGGCCGUGCCGUCGUUGUAUGCCGCGCGCCUCGCUCCUCCUGACGGCGAAGAAAGCGAUCCUAUGACGGGCGCCGGGCUCUGGCAAAGUCCUGCGGCGGGCCUUCCGCUGCGUCGCGACUGGCCAUUUGCCGCGCUUGACGAUUUGCUGCACAGCGCGGACGCACGCGUGCUGAAUAUAGGCACACUGCCCAACGACUGGGACUUUAGCGAGGCGGAUAUCGUGGAGGCGACGUUGGCGCUUGCUGUGCGCGUCAUGCGUGUUGCGCGCAUGGCGCGCGCGCCAAAUCCAUGGCUUCCACACACGGCGCACGUAUGGAUUGGCAUCUAUAAAGUGUUUUUGCUCGAGCAAAAUUCGUCCCAUGCCGCGCAGGCGACCGGCGCUGCGACGGGCAAGGACUUGUAUCGCACCGAACCGAUCCGCGGUCUUCUCUUGCAGCUCAUGCAUCUUGCCGACCAAGCCGCCACCGAGCCGGGCAAAGCACCGUCGUUGGAGGACGCGGAGGAUGCGCUGGGCACGCAGUUGUCGUUUUACCAGCGCUACACAGACUUGGUCGGGCUCUACGACGCGGUCUCUCUCGGCGAUCCCGUAUUUGCGCGCGCACUGAUUCCACCGCUUGCAAUGUGUUACGCUUGUGACUACCGCAGACUGCUGUGGGGAGACUAUGCACACAUCUUGCGCAGUAUUGCGCUUCCUUUGCACGACGCGCCGCGCACGCCGGGCGGUGCGUUCGCAGGCCAGGACCGGCUCUAUGCGUACUUGUGGCCUUUGGAAUGCGAUGCCAUCGUGCUCGCACGCUAUAUAGAAGCCCUCGUGGCAGGGCAUGUAUCGCAUGCACACCAGCCGCUGCUUGCUGCGAUUGCGACGCACCACCUCGGCGGUGCCCUGUGGGCGGACGAGAGCGAGGCUUGGCAUCAUGGGCAUGCACAGCCAGUCCAGCGCGAUGCAGUGGGGCACGCAGUGUUUGCACAGUGCGUCCCAGCACCCGUGCAAGCAAUCCUACUGGAGUAUGCGCCGCCCGGCGUCCUUGUGGAUUUGCAGGCGCGCGAGGCGCAGCGUGCCACAUGGUCCUAG